AAAAUUGAAUACGAACAGUCUAAAGGAAGUACCAGCCUGCCGAAGAUUCUAGGAUUUGAAAUUGUUGCAAACGGAGGUGAUGUCACUUUAACAAAAACAAGUGGGAAAGAAAAAUUUGUGUCAUGGUCAGAGAAUCCCACUGAUAAAGAAAAUGAUCCACCUCAAAUGAUCUGUAGACCACCCUUUGAUAUUGAGAUCAGUAAGGGGGAUGGGAAAAAGUUGGUGAUUGAGUGUUCUUUUGCUCAAAAUGAUAGCUCAUACAUCGAUGAGGAGGCAUCUUAUGACAAGAGCAGAGAAACAGACCAAAUAGAUGAUAAGUUCGAGAUUCGUGAAAUUUCUUUCCAAGAUGAGGGAUCUACAGAUGGAGGGUACACUGUUUCAGCCUCAACAAUGGAUGCUGAGCUCUUUGACCUGCUGAUCGAUAUGCUGGAUGAGUGUGGCAUCAAUGAUGAGUUUAUUGUCUACUUGGUAGACAACUGCACAGCUUAUGAGAACAGCUUAUAUACGAGAAAGUAA